AUGUGGAGGAACUGCUUCCAUUGGCCACAAAUAGCCUUUCUCACUACUACCAAGUCCAGUCUUUGCUAUAGAGAAUCACGUCAUAUGAAGGCAACUAUUGACCUGGAGGGGAAGAGGCUAGUCCUUUCUGGCCAACCUCUGAUGGUAACUACUACGCCUCAAUUGGACAAUCCCCUAGCCUGCUGCCUGCCUGUUUCAACAGCAACGUCUUCGUUUAAUGAGUCGAGGCAGGUCAACUCACUUAUACCUUUUAGGAAUAUCUUGUGGGUUGAAGGGACUAGUUCAGGUAAACCCAAUGAAGUAGAGGUAACAUACGUGUAUCCAAUUUUUGAUGAAAUACCAAUCCAAAUUCCGAACAAAGUUGGUGAGUUUAAAUUACCUUACGAAGAUGCCAAGAGGAAAGUGUAUCCCAUGUCUCAAAUUCUGACCAUUGAACUGGAAGAUGCGAGUGUCUUAGGGGAUGAGAACAUCAGCUUAACAGAUUUUAUAAUAAGAUGCUCAUAUACACACUCUCAGUUUAGUUUGAACGGAUUUAGACAACAAUCGAUUUUUGUUUUGAUCAACCCUCACAGUGGUACAAGUGAAGCUACUAAAAUUUUUAAGGAGGAAGUCCAGCCAAUUUUGUCAGCAGCUCACUGUAAUCUUGAAGUUCAGUAUACCGAGUACAAAGGCCAUGCUAUCGAUAUUGCAAAAUCUAUAAAUAUUCAGAAAUAUGACACGAUUUUAUGUGCUUCUGGUGAUGGAAUACCAUACGAGGUGAUUAAUGGGUUUUUCCAACGUGAAGAUCGUGCUGAAGCUUUUUCCAAAAUCAACGUUGUUCAAACUCCUGGCGGUUCUGGAAAUGCCAUGUCUUUAUCAUGUCUUGGUGCUACAUCUGCAUCAUUGGCUGCUUUGAGGAUUCUGAAAGGCAGACCAUCCCAAUGUGAUUUGAUGGCAGUUGGUAAGGAGUCUUCUGACGAAGUUAUUGUUUCCUUUUUAUCACAAACUUUUGGCGCAAUUGCCCAGGCUGAUAUUGGUACCGAAUGGAUGCGCUCUAUUGGAAGUAUUAGGUUUGAUUUAGGUGUUGCAUAUGAAGUUUUAGCCGGGCACAAAUACCCAUGCGAUUUGGCAGUGAAAUGGAAAUGUAAGAAUAAAGAAGAAGUCUCGAACUAUUAUAUGAACGAAUCUCAAACUAAAGGGACUCCUGAAUCUAGAAGUCGCCGUGGAACUAUCGAGAGAGGAGGUUAUAAAGACUCGGUUAAUGUGAGUACCGAAAGAUACUCUAAAUCGUCAUCGGCUUUUUCAGCUGCUGGUUCAGACCUUAAGGAACUAAGCGAUGAUGAUUUUGAGCUAAAGUACCAAUCAUUUUUCAAAGAGUCGAAGGAUUUUAGUACUUUACCUGAUGAUUGGGAAAUUUACGACAAGGGCACUACAAAUAACAUGAGGAUUUUCUACGCAGGCAAGAUGCCAUAUAUUGCAGCAACGACCAACUUUUUUCCUGCUGCAAUGCCAUCCGAUGGGGCUAUUGAUUUAGUUGUUUUCGAUUCGAGAUCGAGGAUUAUACCGACAGCGGGGGCAUUGCUUUCGUUGGAAAAGGGUACUCAUGUUUGGGAGGAUUGCGUUGAUCAUAGUAAAGUCGAGGCUUUUAGACUGAUACCGAAGGCUGACAGGGAGUGUUACAUAAGCGUUGAUGGUGAGUGGUUUCCGUACGGGGCGUUUCAAGUUGAAGUUCUCAAUAAAGUUCUGAGAACCAUUCUCUGGGAAGGAGAUUUCACGGAGACCGGAUUUCUAGAGAAUAAGAGACUUUAA